CCCCCCUCCUCUUUCCCCAAUCUUAACAUAUCACCCCCUGUCUCUCUAAAUUCACUCUAUUUUAUUCCAUCAUGUAGCUACCAGGCCUCACAUGGUCAUCAUAAGCAAGCAACAUAAAAACCCUAAUUCACUAUAAAUCUAUUGGUUCUUAUAACCUACUCCCUAGCUCCUCUAUUACCCUAAAAAAAACUUCUUAUUCAUCUUAUACCUCACCUCUCUUCUCUCUCUCCCAAAUAAAAGAUCAUCAAAUCAAACAAACAUAAAAAAAACCAAAAAAAAAAACCCCACUAAGAUCAAAGAUAAUGGAACACAACCAAGAAGUGGAUUCACCAAACUCAGUCAUCAUCAACCACCACCAUCAUCACAAUCACAACCUUGAUAACAAUUCGAUGACGAUGUUAGCGGGUAAUAAUAAUAAUAAUAAUAGUUAUCCUGCUUCAUCGUCAUCGAAUUCUCCAACAACCCUAAGCCGAUACGAGAACCAAAAACGUCGUGAUUGGAACACGUUCGGUCAAUACCUAAGAAACCAUAGACCACCACUCUCUCUCACUCGUUGUAGUGGGGCACACGUGCUAGAAUUUCUUCGAUACCUUGACCAAUUUGGAAAGACUAAGGUUCACACUCAACUAUGUCCAUUUUUCGGGCACCCAAACCCACCCGCACCUUGUCCGUGCCCGUUAAGACAAGCCUGGGGGAGCCUUGAUGCACUCAUAGGACGGCUUCGAGCCGCUUAUGAGGAAAACGGUGGAAAACCCGAAACUAACCCUUUUGGUGCAAGGGCAGUUAGGCUUUACCUUCGCGAAGUUCGCGACUCUCAAGCUAAAGCUAGAGGAAUAAGUUAUGAAAAAAAGAAACGCAAAAAAACAAAUCCUCAACAUUCAUCAUCAUCGUCAUUGCCACCACCAAAUGGAAAUUCAAGCUAAUAAUAAGAUUUGUUUUUAAUUAAACAAAUCUUAUUUUUUUUUUCAUGAUGUAUGGUAUGUAUGUCUAUUUUCUAGUUUUAAUAAAAAAAUUGGAACCCUAUUUUUCCCUAUUAUUACUAUUUAUGGGUAUUGAAAUUUGAAAUUGAAACAUUGAUCUUGAUCAGUACUUUUUUUUUUGUUACUAAUUAUUAUGCAAAUGAUGACAGCUUUUUUA